CGGAAGUGUUGCUUCGUCCCGCCCCCCUACGCACUUCCGGGGGUUGAGUCGGGGGCUUCUGGCUGUGCGGUGAGGGGAACGGUGGCGACGCCAUGGCCGGGAUCAAAGCUUUGAUUAGUCUGUCCUUUGGGGGAGCAAUUGGACUAAUGUUCCUAAUGCUUGGGUGUGCUCUUCCACAGUACAAUAGCCAAUACUGGCCACUGUUUGUUCUGUUUUUUUACAUCCUUUCUCCUAUUCCAUACUGCAUAGCAAGAAGAUUAGUAGAUGAAACAGAUGCUACAAGUAAUGCUUGCAAGGAACUAGCAAUAUUUCUUACAACAGGCAUUGUUGUCUCAGCAUUUGGACUACCUAUCGUAUUUGCCAGAGCACAACUGAUUUUGUGGGGAGCAUGUGCACUUGUCCUCACAGGGAAUACUGUCAUCUUUGCUACUAUCCUAGGAUUUUUCUUGGUCUUUGGCAGCAAUGACGACUUCAGCUGGCAGCAGUGGUGAAAGGAGCUUCAUACAGAACUAUCGUAGACAUCUUAUCAUUCAGCGGCCAUCCAUACAAAUGAGAGAAUGGGCAAUAAGGAGAAAUAGCAUAGCAAGCCUUUGGUGUAUUUUAGAUACUCCUUUUCACCUUUGUUUAUUGUUAAGUAUCUAUCUUCACUGACUUGUUGAUGGAUUUCAAGGUUUCUAUUGUUUGGAAAGACACUUUGUUUUCACUUCUUUUUAUUUAAAUAUGUUUAGUAUCUCACUUCAUUAAAAAUUGUAACUGUUGGUUCUAUUCUGUUUUUGUAUUUAUGCUACAUAUAAAUGCUAGAACAAGAAUUUUUAAAUAGUUUCCUUGAGAGAGUUUUUAAAGAUACAUUUUAUCUGUUUUUUUUCUUUUGAACAUGGUGACUAAAAUAUGAUGUACAAAGGCGACAAAGUAAGCUGUUGUGCUGCCAAAAUGCAACAUUGUCAAUAAGCAGAUGUGUAGAUUGUCAGUGUGUUUUGGUGGGGGGUAUGCGUACUGGAUGAGAGUACUAGUUGUAGACUGUUCUGCUCAUACUUCUAUGACUGAAGGGUUGACACCACUAGCUUGGGGAUGGGGCAGCUGUUCUGCCAAUAAGCAGGUAAUUAUUUUCUGGAAUCUGAUUCCUAUGUUUUUAACACCCUUAAAGGAGUACUUCCCCUUUUUUAUUCUCAACUCUUCUGUGGGUGUGACAUACAAAUCUCUUAUGUAAGUUUAUUGAUGCUAUAAAAUGCAAUAUUUAAAUUGCAUUGGUGAGAAAAGAAAACUGACAUUUAAUUCCAUUUUCAAAAAAUCAGUGUUGAAAUGUUUCUAUUUAUAAAUAUUGUAUGUUUUUGUUCUUAUGUCCCCUUUUCACACUUUACCAAAGGGGAGGUAAAAUGUUCAUUUAUGGAGCUACUGAUGUAUGUUUGCAGCAUAUACAAAAUAUUUUUCCUGCUUCCCUUUUUUAAUUUAUUUUUUACAUAGUAUAUAUUGAGUAAAAUGGCUUUUCAAAUGUAGACUAACACUUAAAUCAUAGGUAUUUAACUUGCGUAAGAAAAUGAAUUGCUAUAUUAAUAUACAGUACAGUCAAAGCAUGACUUUUUUGCAGGUCUUUGACUGAAAUGAUUUCCUAGUGACUUUGUCAGUCUUUCAGUUCAUGCAUUAUUUAACAGUAAUGUUAUCUGUAAUAAUUGUAGUUCUUGUUCCAUAAGGGUAUGUCACCCGUAAUUUACAGUAUUUAAGUUUUCUGCAUACCUCUCAAUUGUCUGUUUUUAAUUGAUGCAAAUCCUAUUUAUUAGUUGUGAUACACAGUAGAUUAAUGCAGAUUAGCCAGGCUUGAUUAUAUUAGAUGCAUCAAUAAAGCUGACCAAAAAUACUUCUAAAAUCUAUUUUUAGUCAACUUUUUUUUAAAAAACGAAGAUUAGAAAGCUAACUGUGCAGGUAUGAUAAAAAUUGAUUACUUAGGUCAUAAUUACUCUGUGCUUUUUUAUACUGAAGCACUGGUAAGUGGAUCUUGGCUUAUCUUGUUUGAAAGGGGAUUCUUUUAUUUACACGGAUGUAAAAGAACUAUAAAACUAUUUCAAGUCUGAUAAUCAUGAUAGUUACAUAUGUGAUAUUGAGUAUUCAAGAUAUUUAGUAUAGCGCUUCAGCCACCUGUAAAGACAUGCAGCAGAAGAAUCUGAGUAAGGUGGACAUUUUCAAAAGUGCCUAAGUGAGUUAGAAGCAUGUCUCAUUGACUUUCAGUGGGACCUGUUCACCUAAAUACCUUGCAUGCUUUUGAAAAUCUUCUAAACCAGUGGCUAAUGAUAGUACUUGCCUUCACACAAAAGGUAGCACUUGUGACUUUGACAACUCCUCCCAGAUUCUUGAAUUUUUUUUAUGACUUGACCCAGUCAAUUGCCCAGGAAAUGAGUUCUGUUUUUCCCAUGCCCACAUUGCUUUCCCAGUUGUCAAUGUAAUACCCUGCUACUCUUCCACUUGUCCACAGAAUUUUUUAUAUUUAAUAGCUGUGUAUUUUUCUGUUCAUUGCAUUGACAGCAUUGUGUUCUUGACCUUGCGCACUAAUUAGACAUAGUGCUGUCUCUGGUUUCUAGGCUAGACACUUGAGAGGUAUGAUUUUUCCAUAUAAUAUGCACUGAAAUAGCAUUGCCAUCCUUCUAUAGAGAACUUUUAAUGAUGAAACAAUAAACAUCUUAAAUAUCA